CCAAAUCUGGCAGCGGUCUGGAUGGGGAAAAAACCAUAAGAAGCGGAUCUCCGACCAGAUAUAAACUGGUACGAUGCUCAUGAGAAGCUUAAUGACGUGAGCGAGCGAGCGAGCGCCGGGUGAAAAAACGAUUCUCGCUCGGGAGGAAGGACCCCGAGGGACAAACUGGAGGGAAGGAGUGGGGUGGAGGAAGGACGCGGGGGCUUGGACUGCGUCAUGACUUUUCACCUCUCGCGAUGUGGAGAUCCGCGACGCAUGAGCUGGCCAUGUGGGCGUUCGUAGGGCACUUUUGUGCGAUUGACAGCAAAGCUAGCAAACCAGGCGAGGGUGACGAAGACCUCGGCCCCAGAAAUAGAUCCCCCUUCGCCAUGAAAGACGGUCCGAGUCUAAACCCAACCGCAUCUCCAUUGACCGGGCUCCAUAAUGCGCCUACUCCUGGAGCGAGCGAGCGAGCGGACCCCUUAGCGAGACUUAGGUGACUUUCUGCCGGCCAUGGAUCCGAAGCUGCCCAACACAUCAUGACAGAAUGGAUGUUCGUUCCCCCGGGCUGCGAACGCGCACCUUUGCUCCGUCAACUGCACAGUUGUACCACGGCGAAGUAAUUGCGAAUGGCCGCGGAGGACGUUCAUGAUGUGUCCUACUCCCACCAGAUCUCCCAUACGGUAUAAGAUACGGGCCAUACCUCAGCUUGUCUCCCGUACCGACAGGAGGCGCGGUUGGACACGUUGUAACUUAUCACCUGAGAGAAUAGCUCUCCCCCUUUUCUUUUGGUUAUUUAAUUUCUCCCCGCUUUAGCUUUGGCUUUGGCUUUUAUUAUUUUUAAAAAAAAUUCUUGGCGACUGCUAGCUUCAAUUCCAUGUGUCCCCCUCCGCUUGGACUACAGUAUAACCUCAGCGUCUGAACGAAUUAGGAGUUAAAAGGUAAAUUCAACGGCAUGUGAAAGUAUAUUUCGGGAAGGACGGAGGGGUUUGGUCCAGGUGGAGGACAAUGAGAAUGAGACAGGUCCGUGACAAACUCCAAGAUUUGGUGGCGGGGGGAAACCUCGUUGUCCGCCCUUCCGCGCUCGGCCACAUUCGGCGGUAACAUGGGCCGCGGCAGCGGUUACUCUUCGAAAAUGUGGGAGAGCACUGUGUGAACGUUGCAGCUCUUUGACGCAGCAGCUGCGAAGGCAGGCAGGGAGAGAGAGAGGGAGGGAGGGAGUGCAGACCGUAAUGGCUAUAGUCGCAAUGAUGUAGGGCCCCUUCACAUGAUUCAGCGCCGCAUCGAGCCCACAUCCCUUCGCAUGAUCUCAGUCAGACGAGCUGCCGCAGCCUAUCAGCUCGCACCUUGUGCAAUGGCACGCCCGAUUUAGAUAGAGUCGCCUUGUUUAUUUCCGCCCGGAGCAUACAUCCUAUGCGGUGCCUUCCGCCCAUUGCCUCACGAGAAGGCACAGCUGUUUCACGCCUGAGAGCUCUCAGGCAGGGCAAGGCAAGGCAUGAGCUUUGCAUGGGCCUUUCCCAAGUCUACCCAAACUAACAAGACGUGGUGGUGUUGAACAUUGCUCGAGCUCGCUCCUGUAAUGUCGAUGUGAAUAUGCAGCUGGAGAAUGCCGAGCCGGAUGCUGGACCGGGUCGGUCAUGUUCGUGAUUCGUCUGUUGGCACGGUUUGAGCACCAUUUGCACUAGGUCUAGACUCUGUCUAACUCCGAGGUCAGGAUCAUUCCUCCCUCCCUUCCUAUUGGAGUGAAACAUUAUCAAGUUCGUUGUCAACGCAACUGUCAACGUUGCUGUAUCUGGGCUGGAGGUGACUGGAUGCAUCAUUCUCCUGUGCAAAUUUGGCUCUGUCGAGUAAUUGUUGUUGAAAAACCCAAACUUUACCUCAUCGUAGGAUCGGAUCCGGAUUGAGGAAAACUCUAGCUUUCUCUAGGCUUUAGGAGGAUUUCUCCCCUCAUCCGAGUUGAUCCACAGCUGGAUGUUAGUGUACCUAGACGUAUAGAAAACGGGACGUGAAGACCCCAUCGGCCGGAUAUGUACUUCCCUCCGUCCCUGUCGCUCACUGGGCAAAAUGCUGUAAUCACUAGUCAA